AUGGACGAUGAACCGGAUACCUAUCCAGCUCCGUAUGGGCGCGCCUGCUCCAAUUGCUCCACCGCCAAGUGCAAGUGCAUCUUUCCGAGAGCUGGUGGACGGUGCCAGAGGUGCCAGCGUCUGGACAAAGAAUGUCGCCAGCCUCCGUCGCAUAAACGUCAAUCGACUCGGCAAUCCGCGAGGUCAAAAGCCGCCCGGUUGGAAGAGAAGUUGGAGAAUCUGGUUGAGCUGCUUCGCGCCGGUGUUCAGCCCCCAGCAGUCAAUCCGAUCACCAAUGCUCUGUCGACGCCAGAUUCCUCGUUCGAUGUCCUUCGCGAUAAUGCAACACAGCAUACUGUACUCCCGCCGAUCCCCACCACGUUGACUCCAGACACAAAUGUCUCCGAACCCACCAGUCGAUCUCCCGCCGCAAUCUCCACCCCCGCCGAGCCAACAUCGUUGCAGGCCGAAGAGUGCCUGGCCACGUUCCGCAGCCAGCUCCUCCCAUACUUCCCGUGUAUACAUAUAUCACCUGACAUGACUGCGCAGCGGCUCUGUGAGAGGAGACCGUUUACUUGGCUUUGUAUCAUGUCCGUCACGAGCAAAUCUGCUUCGCAACGGCGAGCUUUGAAUGAUAGAAUCAAAGCUACUGUUGCACAAGAGAUGGUACACAACUCGGCAAGCACAGACAUUGACAUUCUCCUUGGACUUUUGAUAUAUCUUGGCUGGUCAAAUCAACAAGUACACAACAUGGCAAAUCUACACGUUUUCAGCCAGCUUGUCCAUGCUGCAGUAUAUGAGCUCGGUAUCCAUAACCCAUUCGCGAAGCCCAAGAUGAUGGCGUUGUGCGUCUACAUGGAAGAAAAAGAAAACGCACCGACCCCUGGCCAGUCCUUGGAGGAGCGCCGCGCGGUCUUGGCAUCGUUCCUCAUCACAUCAAUAAUCUCGACUUUCGUGCAGAAAACGGACUCGUUGCGCUGGACCCCUUUCAUGGCCGACUGCCUGCGCCAAGUGGAGGAGGAGCGGGAAUGCAUCAACGAUGAGAUCCUGGUCCAACAGGUCCGGUUGCAGCAAAUCACAGAUAAUAUCAGCAUGACCACCGGGCUCGCCUCUACCUCCGACUCAAUUCAAGUGCCGCCCGCCUUCUAUCUCCGCUCUAUGCACAACGAGCUACAGAGCAUCCAGCCCCGCGUUGCGGAACAGCCACAAGCGCAUAAAAUCCUCCUUCUCCACCAUCACUAUACUACCCUCACGCUCCACGAAUCCGCUCUUACCAAUUCCCCUAUAACCACCACGACGCUCGAUUUCCAGCAACUGGAGCACCACUACGCUUGUCUCGAAGCCGCCAAAUCAUGGUUCGAGCUGUUCCUCUCCAUCCCUCCGGUGGAGUACAUCGGCUUUCCGUUCUCGAUUUUUGCGCAGAUGGUCCACAAUCUAGUCGUUCUGUACCAACUUUCCAUUUUUGAGAAUCCCUCCUGGGAUGUCGCGACCGUCCGCAAAACAGUAGAUGUGCUCGCGGUUCUCGAGACGGUGAUCCGGAACAUGGAUGUGGUAGCUGCCGCGGCCGGAUUAGAAGGCGAGCCGGAGAGUGAUGUUUUCUCCGUUGUCGCGAAGAUGUAUAAAUCUGUGCAGGUUGGGUGGGAGGUUAAUCUGGCGCCAGCUCUGUUCAAUGGAGACUUUCCGUUCUCACCGAGCUUUGAACAGCAUGUCGACUAAUUGCCUCUGGUAUUAGA